AUCUCUUCCUUUAAAGUCUUGCUGACCCUUCUUAUCCUGACCAGAAUAAAGUCCAUAUCAUGGACGUCUAUACUACCAGGAGAGUUGCCGUAUCGGUUGCGGUUAUCGCCACUGCAGUAUUAGUUGUCCGGACUCUUGCUUCUUCAGCCACAGAAAAUUCUGGUACUGGUCGAGCUUCGAAGCGAAAAAGCAACAAAGCGAGGGCAACAAGGACAAAAAAUGUAGCUGAGUUUUCACCCCAGUAUGUCACAGGUCUAGUCAACGUUGGGAACACCUGCUUUAUGAAUGCGGUUGUUCAGGCAUUAGCGUCUUUACCAUCAUUAAGAACCUAUCUUGAAGCGCGGAAGGACAUGGGACAUGCGGAAGAUUCAAUAACACUGGCACUUUGGGAGACUGUUGACUUACUUAACACGAUGCACAGGCACCCAACGGUAAAACGGCUCAUUAGGAUGGUGAACACUGUCAAAUCAAAGGCUGCACAUGUCCUGACAAGUCAGCAGCAGGUAUUGCUUUUAUACACCAUCAAAUACUUCGAUAGCUUCCAGUGCAUUUUAAAACUUGACCAGUCACUCGUUGGAAAUUAACCUGAAAAGAGCAUUGAUUAUAUGACAAAGGAUGCGCAAGAGCUAUUUCAAAUAUUAUCGUCUCAGCUAUCCGAAGAAAGAGAAAAGCUAGAUCACUUGGGAACCCUUUCU